AUGUGGAGGCUGAAGAUCAUAUUAAUCUGUGUGCGGCUUAUUCUACAAAUUGAAAACGCCAGUGGACAAUUUGCAAACACUACACUUUUGGGAGAGGAUCUAGAUGGAUUCAAUUACAUUACCAAAACGAAACUUAACAAAGGCAACAAUAAACGGAUAGUCGGAGGAAAGCCGAUUAAUAUACGUCAGGUACCGUGGCAAGUUGCUCUAUACAAUGAUGGAUAUUUCAUUUGUGGCGGAUCUUUAAUAAGCCCUGACUGGGUUGUGACGGCAGCACAUUGCGCUGAAGGAGGUGGUAGCUUUGCUAUUCGAGCCGGUUCACCAUAUCUUAAUCGUGGCGGCCAAAUACGCUGGGCUCGUCUUGUUGUUGUACAUGCCGGCUACAGUGCUCGCACCGGAAGUCGAGAUAUUGCCUUAAUUCGUGUUUACACCAGAUUUCGUAUUACCAAUUUUGUGCGGCCCAUUGCUAUUGCGCGAAGUCGAAGACGUUUGCCGAAAAAACUUUUCGUAAGUGGCUGGGGUAGAAUCAGUGAAAAUGGACGGGUACCGAAUCGUUUAAGAGGCGUUGGAUUGCAGAAAAUGUCGCGCCGAAAGUGUCGAGGAAAAUAUCACAAGCAAGGAAUGAAAAUAACCAAGUUUAUGAUCUGUGCAACGCAACCGAAAAAAGACGCAUGCCAGGGUGACUCUGGCGGACCAUUGGUUCGACGACGAAUCCUUUAUGGUAUUGUGUCGUUUGGUAUUGGCUGUGCACGUCCAAAAUAUCCUGGAGUUUAUACAAAUAUUCGGCGAUUAAAUAAAUGGAUCCGAAAGGUGGUGAGACGUUGGGGUGGUAAAAUGCCAAAAUUCAAAUAA